GCAUAAAAAUCCCCCUUUCACUUCGCUAUGUUUAUUGUUUACUAAUUACCACUUGGUAGUCAACACUUAACACCCGUGUGUUAGUUAUGUGACAGAUAAGAACCGCAAACGUAUAACUCACUCAUUCGAGUAUUUAAGCGUAUAAACUUAUCAGCGCUAAGCAAGCGAAUUCAGUUGAUUUUCAAAACUACAUACGCAAAGUUACAAUAAAGAAGCGAACGCUAGUUGUCUAGAAUAAGCCAACAGCAAUAUUAUAUAAUAAUUAGACGACUAUAUAUAUAUAAAGAUAAUAACAAAAUGCAAUUCCUAAAACUCAUCACAUCUUUGCUGCUGACCGUAUUGCUGCUCGCCACAGUGACCACCGCUUUACCAGCUGCAGAUGAGGAUGGGCCCUUCUGCCCUUGUCCCCGCAACUACGAUCCAGUCUGCGGCUCAAACAUGGUGACCUAUUCGAACCGUUGCAAUUACGAUUGCGUGCGCCGUGAUGCGGAACGGCGUGGACGUAGUCUGAAUCUGCUGCGAUCUGGACCGUGCUAAAGACGUACAAACGCACCACUUGUGACAAUUUUAAAUGUGAAUUAGAAAUAUCAUAAAUUAUAUAAAAGUAUAACCAGUGAGCUGCGCGAAAGUGCUGACGCUUUUAUAUAUGUGAAUAUUAAAUAAAAUAAAUUAAAUAUUCUACCUGUGACUAAGAA